AAAAAAUUUUUUUUUUUUUUUUUUUUUGAAAAAAAAAGCUCAUUUUUGUUUAUAAAAAUUCAUGAUGAGCCAUAAUAAUCAAUUUUCAUGGAGGUUAAAUACGCGUUUAAGGAUAACAAUUUUUCUCUUAUCCAUCUUUCUAUUAUUAACUUAUCAAAUAUUUACAGUAGAUAAUGAUGACCUUGAUAAACCAGAACAAUGGUGGAGUAACACCAGUAAUUCUCUAGAAUCUAUAGACACUGACAUUACAAACUUUACAGAACUUACGGACGUUAAUGACACUACUGACACUAAUGACAUUACUGACACUAUAAAUAAUAAUUAUAUAGGUAAAAUUGUAGAAACUAAUAACGAUAUUACUGAAACCGGUAAAGCUGUUGAUACUGGUGAUCUUAAUAAUACUCAAUCAACUAAUAAAAUAGACUUCUUAGAUGUAAUUAAUAAGGUUUCUUAUUUACCAAAAAUUCAAUCUGAUCCAAUAAAUUUUUUUGAAACCCCUGAAGAAAAAGCAUUACGAGAAUCUCGUAGAGAGUCAGUUAAGCAAGGAUUUUUACAUGCAUGGAAUGGUUAUGUCAAUUAUGCAUGGGGAUCAGAUGAACUUUUGCCUAUAACUAAUUCUUCUAGUAAUAAUUAUAAUGGUUGGGGUGCUACCAUGGUUGAUGCUUUAGAUACUAUGUGGAUCAUGGAUCUUAAAGAUGAGUUCAAAAAUGCUACAAAUUAUAUAGCCAACGUUGAUUUUACUUGGUCUAAAAAUGAUAUCAGCAUAUUUGAAACCACUAUUAGGUAUUUGGGAGGAUUAUUGAGUGCUUAUGAAUUGUCUGGUGAUGAAAUGUUAUUACAAAAAGCUAAAGAUUUGGGUGAAGCUAUGAUUCCUGCUUUUAAUUCUCCAACUGGAAUACCUUAUAACACUUGGAAUCUCACAAAAGGACUUACAGCAAAUGGUUAUCAACCAUAUUAUAGUAUGGGAAUUUUAUCUCAAGCUGGAACUUUAUUAUUAGAAUAUACGAAAUUGGCUCAAUUAACUGGAAUUAGCUCUUAUUUCGAUAAAGUACAACUAGUAACGGAUGUCCUAGAUAAAGCAAAGAAAUCGAUUCCCGGAUUUUACCCUCUCUUCGUUAGUCAAACAUCGGGACAAUUCACUAAUGAUGAAAUAAAUUUUGGAGGUAUGGGUGAUAGUUUUUAUGAGUACUUGAUCAAAGAAUAUAUAUACAUCGGAGGUGCAAUUGAUCAAUAUAGAAGGAUGUACGAGGAAUCAAUUGAUAGUAUGAGUAAAUACUUGAUAAAAAAGGGUCAGGUUAAAGCUUACCCGGAUUUAUUAUUUCUUGGAUCUUACUCUCAUGGUUCAUUUGUUGCUAGAAUGGAACAUUUGGCUUGUUUCGUACCAGGAAUGUUAGCAAUUGGAUCGAAAACGUUGGAUCGACCAAAAGAUUUAGAAUUGGCAAUAGAAUUAGCGGAAACGUGUUUUUGGGCAUACAAUUCAACUACAACGGGAAUUGGCCCUGAAUCUUUCAGCUUUUUUGUAAAAGGUGAUCCCAUAGACAAAAAUAAAUUAAAGAUGCUCGCUACACAAUGGAAUAAUAAACUUUUACUUUAUGGAGUUUAUCAAAUGAAUGGAAACUAUUUACUCAGACCUGAAACUAUUGAAAGUCUGUUUAUAUUAUAUCGAGUUACUGGAGAUAAAUCGUAUCAAGAAAAAGGUUGGGAAAUAUGGCAGGCAAUCGAAACGUGGUGCAAAACACAGACAGCAUAUUCUGGAUUACGUAAUGUGGCAGGACCAAAUAUUGUACAAAAUGAUAAUAUGGAAAGUUUCUUUUUUGCAGAAACAUUAAAGUAUUUAUAUUUACUAUUCAGUGAGCCCGACGUAAUUUCAUUAGAUAAUUAUGUAUUUAAUACUGAAUCUCAUCCCUUCUUAAGAAUGCUACCAAAUUAUAAUUAGAUUAAUUAAAUAAUGAAUUUUCAUUUAUAAGCACCUACAUCCUUGAAGGAUUUGGGUGUUUAUAAAUGAGAGUAUAUUUAUAUACAAAUUAGAAUUAUAAAGAAAAUAAAAUAAAUUAUUUAUUUAAUAUUAUAUUGUU